CAUUUGGAGUUAUGCACUCGGAGUCUUUAUCUUUGAUGAACAUUUUGCUUAGAAUGAAACUAUAUUUAUUGAGCUUAGUCACACUUUUUUUUUGUGUAGUGAGAGGAUGCAGAAUCAUAAUGAUGCAGUGAAGGAUGAUGAAGCUGAAGAAUGGGGGAACUGUUCUGUGGAAUCACAAGAAGGUGGUGAAGUUGAUCGUAUCAAGGUCAAUGUUGAGAAAUGUAGAAAGACUCUUCAAAACUUAGGUUAUACCGAUUUUACUUUUGUGGACUUCUUUGCGUUGUUCCUCGAGCAACUAGAUGACAUUCUCCUAGGAAGUGAGGAGUCUAUAAGCUACGAAGAGCUGGUUAACUGAAGUAGAGAUCAGUCUGUCUCUAACUACAUUGUAAUGUUCUUCAGGUUUGUUACUGCUGGUGAAAUACGAACUCGUGCAGAGUUUUUCGAACCUUUUAUAACAGGACUAUCAAACUCAACCGUUGAUCAGUUCUGCAAGACAUCGGUUGAACCGAUGGGAGAAGAGAGUGACCAUAUCCACAUAACCGCUUUGUCAGACGCGCUUGGUGUUGCAAUUCGGGUAGUGUAUCUUGACCGUAGCUCGUGUGAUAGUGGAGGUGUCACUGUGAACCAUCAUGACUUUGUUCCUGUGGGCACUAGUGAGAAACAAGAAGAAGCUUCUGCUCCUUUUAUAACCUUGUUGUAUCGUCCAGGCCAUUACGAUAUCCUCUACCCCAAGCCAUCUUCUAAGGUAUUGGACAAUGUGGAGAAAUGUCGUUUGACAUCAUAAACUGGUUAGAAGAUGUUUACAAAAUUGUGGUAAUAUGGAUGAAACACCAUGGAACAACCAACAAUUGCAUCAUCUCUUUACUCCUUGAUUAUGAUCAAAAAACCUUUUUGCAACAUCAGAGAAUGGACUUUUUUGUUUUGCUGUUGAUACCCAUCAAAGUCUUCUUUCAUAGUAUAUCAAACUGAACCAAAUGGUUUGUCAAAUAAUUAAAAACAGAGGUCUAAGUUGUUUUGAUGACU